AUAGCACAUAUGUGCAUGCGUGAUACAUAGGUGAUAAGUCUGCUGAAUCUGAUUAAUCUAAAUUAUGUGUCUUAUGCAAAAUAUUUUAGCAAUUCAGACCAAUGGAAAAUGCAAUUUCACCAUUUCAGAAGAACCCAGAACUCAAAAAAAGCCUUUGGGAAGAUUUGAUAAACUGUAAGGUGAUUGAAAAAGUAGGAGAACAGAAAGCUCAGAAGUAUUUUAAUGAUUUAGAGUUAUGGUUGUGCCAAGCUCCUCACUUUACAACAGUGCGAGUUAACACCUUAGAAACAACAACACUUCAGGCCAAAGAAGAUUUAAGAGAAAUUUUAGAUAAGCAGAUCAGUAGUGGUGAGCGUACAGAUAAGUUCACAGUUGAUAUUCACCCUCACGUUCCUGACCUUCUUAUCGUCAGCUCAGCUUCUGAUAAUGAAGCUGUACACCCUUGGAGACGAGAAUUAAUUGUUGGAGCCCUGUGUGGUGUGGCCGUGUUGCGGGGAGCAGAUGUCUAUGCACCUGGUGUCAUGGGUGCUCCGCUAAAUCUAAUACAGGGAGAAAAAGUUUCUGUUUUUGCUGAUGUUAAUGGAAUGUGCAAGCGGGGUUUGACAAAAGUGUUUACUGGUGACAAAGUGUUUGUUGGAAAUGGGAUAUCUGUUAUGAGUCGACAAGAUAUUUUCAAUGUUUCUUCCCCAAGUGGACUUGCUGUGAGAAUUGUCAAACGUAUCUGUCCUUCACCUUCUCUAAAUGGAAUCAUGGAAGAAAGACUUUUCUUACAAAAUUUACCAUCUGUUGUUUGUUGCCAUGUGUUAAAUCCUCAGCCCGGAGAUUGGGUAUUGGACAUGUGUGCAGCUCCAGGAGGAAAAACAACUCAUUUGGCAGUUCUGAUGAAAAACAAGGGUACUAUUGUAGCUCUGGACAAGUCUAAGUAUAAGAUUCAGCGCCUUUCCGAAAACAUUCAAAGACAAAAAUUUUCUAAUGUAUUCACAUUUGCCUGUGACUCCAGUAAAGCCCUGGAGUGUGGGAAAACUGGUUUUGAUGCUUAUAUAACAAAGAAAACUGGAGGUGUUCCUAAGCUUCCUUUUCCACCAGAAUUAUUUGAUUGUAUUCUACUUGAUGCACCUUGCAGCGCCCUUGGUCAACGUCCACAGUUCACAAAUUCCAUGAGUACAAAAGAGCUUUGUUCUUUUCCUUCUUUACAGAAAAAACUCUUUAAAACAGCUGUUUCUCUUUUAAAGAAAACUGGGAAACUUGUGUAUAGUACCUGUACUCUCACUAUUGCAGAGAAUGAAAGAUUGGUCAGUUGGGCACUGGACACAUUUCCAUCACUGGCAUUAGAGAAACAGGAACCACAUUUAGGAUACCAAGGCUUGAUAGGUGGAGGUCUUAGUGAGGAGCAAAGAUUAAAGUUGCAGAGAUUUGGCAUCUCACCACAAGAUGGAUUUGAAAAUUCUGUAGAGCGUGAUACCAUUGGGUUUUUUAUUGCCAAGUUCUGUAAAUGUGAUGUAUGAUGAGAAAUAAAUAUUUUGUAAUUAAAGAUUA